AUGCAGCAAGCGGGAUUCCGGCCUGGUAGGGGUUGUAUUGACCAAAUCUUCACACUGCGUCAGGUGCUAGAACAACGCCAUACGUAUAAGCGACCCACGAUUCUAGUAUUCCUGGAUUUCCGAGGCGCAUUCGACUCGGUUGAUCGGUCUGUUCUUCUUGAGACGCUUGCCCACCAAGGAAUGCCCCGGAAUAAAUUUAUGAGGACUUUUGAAAUGAUUAGUCAACAUCACUUGCUGACGAUUCCACAAUACGUGGUGCGUCGGAGCAAAAGGAUUAAACAGUUCUGGACCGAGGAUGAACACGGAAAACCACUGGGACGGCUGACGACUGUGACGAUAAAAAUUGAAGAGCCUUGUGAAUAUGUUCUUGCUACGCGGUCGGUCCCCACACCGUCUGCGUUAAGAAUAUCCUAUGCAGUUGAGAGACCUCUAGAAACAGUGGAUCGAGGUUAG